CUGCAACCGGACGGUUCCGGGAUUGUUUUGCUAGCAACCAGAGGCUCGAGCGCGGGGCAGGAAUAGUGACGUCCGGGCUGUUUUGGAGGGCGCGAACGGCCUGGAGCUCGCCCGGGCGGUUUGAGGGCGCUCGAGCUCAUCCGGACCGUUGGGCGGGCGCGAGGAGUGGGACCGGGCGGUCGGCGGGCGGGCGCGAGGAAUGGGACCGGGCGGUCGUUGGGCGCGAGGAAUGGGACCGGGUGCGGGGAACCCGAUCCAGCAACGGAGCUGGCCUUCGAGAAGACCGGCAGCGCAGGCUUUAUUGGAUCGCCACAGGAGGAAAGUCAUAACAGCCGAAUUUGUUUGGGAACGGGUGUUUUGUUUUGCUGCUCUGUCGUCGCAAGAGAUAACAUGCCAGCUGCCUACGCACUGGAAAAGAGCAACCAGAAAUCUCUGGCGGCAAUGUAUCAGAGACCCAAGAAGGACCAUAGAGUAACUGAAGGUUUCACAGUGAAAGCCAUGAUGAAAAAUUCCAUUGUGGUUGGUCCUUCGUCUGCAGGAUCUUUCCGAGAGAGACCCAGUGGACCCACAGCAUUUCGGAAGUGUUACAAGCGAGGUGAUUUCCCUAUUGCCCUGGAACAUGGUUCACAAGGAAAUCGAAUAGCCUGGAAGGUGGAGAUUGAGAAAUUAGACUACCACCAUUACCUGCCUCUGUUUUUUGAUGGCCUCUGUGAUACCAUGCACCCAUAUGACUUCUUUGCACGCCAGGGGAUACAUGACAUGCUGGAACAUGGUGGCAUGAAGAUUCUUCCUGUUAUUCCUCAGCUUAUCAUCCCAAUAAAAAAUGCGCUCAACACUCGAAAUAAGCAAAUCAUUUGCAUCACGCUGAAAGUGCUCCAGCACCUGGUUGUAUCAGCUGACAUGGUGGGCGAGGCAUUAGUGCCUUAUUAUCGACAAAUCCUCCCCAUCUUCAACAUUUUCAAGAACGUGAAUGUCAAUACAGGAGAUGGCAUCGACUACAGCCAACAGAAAAGAGAAAAUAUUGGAGAUCUGAUUCAAGAGACUCUGGAGAUCUUUGAGCUGUAUGGAGGAGAAGAUGCCUUCAUUAAUAUCAAGUACAUGAUUCCAACUUAUGAGUCAUGCAUUUAUAAUUGAAGCAAAUAAACUGGUUGAAGAAGUAUGCUGCAUUAAUUUAUGUAACUGGGAAUUUUGUAAGAGUGAAUGCAUCAAUUACACCAUAAAAUUAACCAUAAUUGUGUUUUUGUUUUCUUGAUUGUUCCUUAAUACCUGCCUCUGUAUUGCAUAUGUGAAUUUAAACUGCCACUGGACUCAGACCUCAAUCUUUCUGAACAAUAAAA